AUGUCGGCUGCCGUGGCGUGCCUGGACUACUUCGCCGCCGAGUGCUUGGUGUCCAUGUCCGCGGGUGCUGUGGUUCACCGCCGCCCGCCGGACCCCGAGGGCGCGGGCGGAGCGGCCAGCUCGGAGGUGGGUGCGGCGCCGCCGGAGUCCGCUGUGCCGGGUCCGGGGCCACCGGGGCCCGCGUCGGUCCCCCCGCUCCCCCAGGUCCCCGCCCCUAGCCCCGGCGCGGGCGGCGCCGCGCCCCACCUGCUGGCUGCAAGCGUCUUGGCUGACUUGCGCGGCGGCUCUGGUGGGGGCUUCGGAGAGUACUCCGGGGAAGUUCUGCGCGACUCGUCCGGCUCCUCCGACCCGACCCCGUGCUCCGGCCCGACCCUGGGCUCCCAGCCAGCCCCGGCCUCCAGCGCAGCCGAGGUCUCGGGACCCAUGCACUCCACCGGCGCGCUCGAAGUCCCUGGCGCGCCAGCCGUCCCGGGAGCGCCUGCCCACCCUGGCGCGGUGUCUGGCGUGGCCCCUGGGGCCGGCCCCGCCCCCGCCACGGGUCCAGGCCCCCGUCGGAGGCCAGUAACACCUGCUGCCAAGCGCCAUCGCUGCCCCUUUCCGGGCUGCAACAAAGCCUAUUACAAGUCAUCACAUCUGAAGUCCCACCAGCGCACCCACACGGGUGAGCGCCCUUUCUCCUGCGACUGGCUCGACUGCGACAAGAAGUUUACGCGCUCCGACGAGCUGGCCCGCCACUACAGGACGCACACGGGCGAGAAACGCUUCUCCUGCCCACUCUGCCCCAAGCAGUUCUCUCGGAGCGACCACCUGACCAAGCACGCCCGCCGCCACCCAUCCUAUCAUCCUGACAUGAUCGAGUACCGGGGGCGCCGUCGCACCCCCCGCGUCGACCCGCAACCCGCCAACCUGGUGGACAGCUCCGGCUCCGUCCCCGGGCAGGUGCCCAGCUUCACCACCUGCUUGUCUGACAGUCACUGCUGUUAGUCGUUCCCGCAAGGAUGAUCCCCCAGGCCACUGUCCUUGCUUUUUCUCUGCCCAUCCCUCUUUCCCUGAGUGAUUAUAUCAAGGCACAGACUGGCUUCUCCGCUUUGGCGGGUGUGGGUGGGGGGAGGGGGUCCAGGCAGGCAUGUUGGACUCUGGGGAGGGACUGGGGGCCCGAAAAUAGCAAGAAUUCUUACAACACGUAUAUCAUCCAAAAGGGGGGGAUUGCCUCAAGACAGACCCCCGGAACUGAUAAGAAGGGAUGAACCCCCGUACUCUCCAGAGUCCUGAAGAUUCUCCCUUCCAUGGGAACCAGAGAUGUGAAACUGGAAUUCUCAGGUGCCUGAGGAGCUCUCAGUCUCAAAAGACUCUGGUGUCUUACCCACCCUCCAGGGCGGACCUUGGAGAGGGUGUCAGGGGUGGCAGUCUUGGGAAUGUCCAGGACUGGGAUGGUGAGAGGCCUUUGGAAACAGAAAUGAUUUCUAUUUCUGUAAACAGUGAUGUUUACUAAUGUAUUUUU